AGGUUUGGGUAGGAAUUAAGAUCAGACGGAGGUGUUCAUCCUUAUUAAGAACCCCGAAAAGAAACGGGAAUUUGAGUUUUCGCAGCAAAAGAGGCUUGGGAAGAUUAAAUUUUUCUCUGGGGUGAACUUUUAAAAGAUUUUAUUUCACUUUAUUUCACAUGAAUAUCAGGCACUUCAUUAGACAGCGUUAAAGAGAAAAGCCCAUAUUUUGGCGCAUGCGCACGGGAGCUGGACCGCAUGGAUGGUUGGGGUAGCAGUUCCCUGCUAUUAAAUUGAGGAAGACACAAUGGAUCUGGCAUAUAUCUGUGAGUGGGAGAAGCGUCCAAAGAGUAACCACUGCCCAUCCAUUCCACUGGUCUGUGCCUGGUCUUGUCGCAAUUUGAUUGCUUUCACCACGGAUCUCAAAAAUGAGGAGGAAAAAGACCUCACUCAUAUGAUCCACAUCCUUGACACAGAACAUCCAUGGGACGUCCACUCCAUCAAUUCUGGACACAUUGAAGUAAUCACCUGCUUGGAAUGGGAUCAGUCAGGAUCCAGACUUCUGUCUGCUGAUGCUGAUGGGCACGUCAAAUGUUGGAGUAUGAUGGACCACCUGGCCAACAGCUGGGAGAGCGAAGUGGGCAGUGAAGUGGAAGGAGACCCAGUAGUGGCACUUUCUUGGCUGCACAAUGGGGUGAAACUGGCUUUGCAUGUGGAGAAGUCUGGAGCAUCCAAUUUUGGUGAGAAAUUCUCCCGGGUCAAAUUCUCCCCAUCGUUGACCCUUUUUGGGGGGAAACCUAUGGAAGGCUGGAUCGCGGUAACCAUCAGCGGGCUGGUCAUCGUCUCACUGCUGAAGCCCAACGGACAAGUGCUGACCUCCACGGAGAGCCUCUGCCGCCUGCGCUGCCGGGUGGCCUUGGCUGAUAUUGCUUUCACCGGUGGAGGCAACAUUGUGGUGGCCACGUCAGAUGGCAGCAGUGCCUCUCCAGUCCAGUUCUACAAAGUCUGCGUCAGUGUGGUGAACGAGAAGUGUAAGAUUGACACCGAGAUCCUGCCCUCCUUGUUCAUGCGCUGCACCACAGACCCAGCUCGGAAAGACAAAUAUCCUGCAAUCACCCACUUGAAAUUUCUAGCUCGCGACAUGUCUGAGCAGAUGUUGUUGUGUGCCUCCAGUCAGAACAACAGCAUUGUGGAGUGCUGGUCACUCCGGAAAGAAGGACUGCCGGUUAACAACAUUUUCCAGCAGAUUUCUCCCACAGUUGGGGACAAGCCGCCGAUGAUCUUGAAAUGGCGAAUCCUUUCAGCCACUAAUGACCUGGACCGAGUUUCUGCUGUGGCAUUACCCAAACUGCCAAUUUCUUUGACCAGCACUGAUCUGAAGGUAGCAAGUGACACCAAGUUCUACCCGGGUUUAGGCCUGGCGCUUGCUUUCCAUGAUGGCAGCGUCCACAUCAUCAACCGUCUCUCCUUGCAAACCAUGGCAGUGUUUUAUGGCUCCAGCUCGCAGCGCCCGGUGGAUGAGCAGACCAUCAAAAGGCAGAGAACUUCGGGCCCUCUGGUCUACUUCAAAGCGAUGCAGAUGUCUUGGACUUCGCUGGCCUUAGUUGGGGUCGAUAGCCAUGGAAAGCUUAGCAUGUUCAGGAUCUCUCCCUCCAUGGGGCACGUUCUGGAUAUGAAUAUUUCCCUCCGUCACUUGCUUUUCCUGCUGGAGUACUGCAUGGUGACAGGGUAUGACUGGUGGGACAUCCUGCUUCACGUCCAGCCCGGCAUGGUGCAGAAUCUGGUGGAAAAGCUGCACGAGGAAUACAUGCGCCAGAAUGCCGCCCUGCAGCAGGUUCUGUCCACACGGAUCAUUGCCAUGAAAGCCUCCCUUUGCAAGCUCUCCUCCAGUACGGUGGCACGCGUGUGCGACUACCACGCUAAGCUUUUCCUGAUCGCCAUCAGUUGCACCCUGAAAUCCCUGCUCCGGCCCCCAGUCCUCAACACGCCUGACAAGACACCUGGAGACAGGCUGACAGAGAUCUGUGCCAAGAUCACUGAUAUAGAUAUCGACAAAGUGAUGAUUAAUUUGAAGACAGAAGAAUUUGUGCUGGAGAUGACCACCUUGCAAUCUCUCCAACAACUGAUCCAGUGGGUUGGGGACUUUGUGCUCUAUUUGCUCGCCAGUCUCCCGAACCAGGGUUCUGGACCCACAUCAGGACCUGUUCGCCCAGGUCAUAGUUUCCUUCGGGAUGGGGCCUCCCUAGGGAUGCUCCGCGAACUGAUGGUCAUGAUCCGGAUCUGGGGCCUCUUGAAGCCAAGCUGUCUUCCCAUUUAUACGGCCACAUCUGACACGCAGGACAGCAUGUCCCUCCUCUUCCGGCUUCUUACCAAAUUGUGGUUGUGCUGUCGUGACGAAGGGCAUCCCAGCGAGCCAGACGAUACCUUGAUCGAUGAAUGCUGCCUCCUACCCAGCCAGCUCCUCAUCCCAAACAUGGAUUGGCUUCCGGUGAACGAUGCCAUCAUCAGCAAGCUGCAGAACAAGCAGCCAGUCCGGCUGCAAUUUGGAAAGCUUCCCGGGAUUGUUGGACACUCUGCUUCAGUUCCGUGCGAUGCAUUUACCAGGACCACUGGAUACCCAAAGAUUGACCACCUGCGACGGCUCCAUCUUGGAGCUUAUCCUACUGAAGAAUGCAAGUCCUGUACCAGGUGCGGCUGUGUUACAAUGCUCCGUUCUCCCAAUAAGACCACGGCUGUGAAGCAGUGGGAGCAACGAUGGAUCAAGAAUUGCCUUUGUGGUGGUCUUUGGAGAAGAAUGCCCCUCAGCUACUCAUGAUGGACGCCAGGACUCUUUGCCUUCCCCAGAUGGGAUUUGUGAGGAGUUUUGCAGCUCACCUCAGAAACUCCAUUCAAAAAAACCCCAACAUAAGAUACAACUUCCAGAAACAGCUGCAGGUGGUUUUAUCCACCCCUUGGUGGAGAAGACUUUCCUGGGCCAAAGCACCAAGAGAAAUCCAUGGGAGACACUGGAGGAGUUUGAAUUGAUUGGCACUUCUGGUAGCAAAUGGAAUUUGGCCAGUGCCAAAGUUGCAUUGAUAUCCCUAAAUACAAAUGGCAGCUUUUAGCUCAACAUUCAGGAAGGGUUAAAAUGCUGCAUUAAAAAAAAAUGAAGCAUUUUUUAGAGUUGUUCAAGUUGCAGAAAAAUAGACAACUGUAGGAAAGAGAAGAGCUUUUCUUGGUGUAUGAAUUUGCUUCACGCAGAGAAUUGGGGGGAGAGAGCUGGGAGAGACAUUCUAACUAUAAACAUUCUCUCCUAUUUUUCUUUCCAUAUGUUCCUGCCUCAAAACUCCCUGUGUCUAGAAACUACCGUAUUUUUCGGAGUAUAAAACGCACCGGAGUAUAAAACGCACCUUGGUUUUUGGGGAGGAAAAUAAGAAAAAAGCUGAUUGGCAGGUGGAUUGGCCUCCAGAAUACCCCCAUCAGCUGUUCCCAGAGGUGAAUUUUAGCAACAGAUUCCUUGGUUGUGAGCUCUGUGCCUUGCUUUUUUUUUUUGCUUUUUUUUCCUGCCUCUGAAACUUCUGAAACUCCAUUUCAGAAAAAACUUUUUUUCCUGCCUCUGAAAGCCUCAGAAAUAGAGCUUCAGAAAAAAAGCCUCUGAAGCUCUGUUUGGGGGCUUCUUUUCUGAAGCUUCGUAUCUAAUGCUUUUUUCAGCCUCUGAAACCUCCGUUUGAGAAGCUGGGCGGGGCUACAUUCGGAAUAUAAGACGCACCCAGAUUUUCACCCUCUUUUUUGGGGGGAAAAGGUGCGUUUUAUACUCCGAAAAAUAUGGUAAUGUGUUGGGAAACCAAGGUUAAACCUAUCCCAUCCUUCUCCACUUCUGUCUGCAGUCUGAAAUAAUCCAGUCUAAAAUCCUUCCAUUUCAGGAAGAUUUGGUUCUUCUCUCAGCAUACAGCUUAUACCUUGGCUUUUGAAUUUCUAGCUCUGCAUAAUUCAGACACCAUUCCUUUGAAAAGGAUGUGAUGAUAUAAGGAUGUGAAAACCACAGCUCUGAUCUUGUCUGUUUUUUUAAAUUUCCUGAGAUAUGAAACUCCAGACUCCAGAGAUCCCUUUCUGCAAAUCUAGGGGGGAAAGGGGUCUCCUGCUAGGAGUUGCAGAUUUUUUUUGCAAUUUUUUUUAGUCUCUCGCGGAUAAGCAGUGACUUUCUUUGUGCCCAAUAAUUCUGUGUUUUCUCAGAAAGUGGAGACAGCGAAGGAGAUAAAGAUAUUCAUGGCUGAGUGAUGGUUUUGUAAAUAUUGUAACAGGAUCUGAGUUUGUACAGAUUAUAAUUAUAAAGUUUUGUAUGCUA